CUGGGGUGGCUCUGUUGGAGCGGAAACACUUUUCCACUGGCUAUGUUUGGAUGUGAUGCUCGUCUCUGUGGAUCUAACAUGGACUCUAUGGCCUGAUUACACAGCCCUGGUACUCAGAUAGUGCUGGAGGGAAGGGAUAAUGCAUAUCCUUCCCAGCUCUAAAGAAGAAGCCACCAUGAGCAACGUCACAGUCACCGACAACACUGAACCCAUCACCCGCACCAUGAGUCCUGCAACACCCAGUCCGUAUCCCUAUCCUGUUAGUUUCCAGGUCUCCUUAACUGGUUUUCUCAUGCUGGAAAUCCUCCUGGGCCUGAGCUCCAACCUCACUGUGCUUGCCCUUUACUGUAUGAAGUCGAACCUCAUUAGUUCCGUCAGUAACAUUGUCACUAUGAACCUCCAUGUGUUGGAUGUGCUGGUCUGUGUGUGCUGUAUCCCACUCACCAUUGUGGUGGUGCUGCUCUCCCUGGAGGGAGACACUGCCCUCGUUUGCUGCUUUCAUGAGGCCUGUGUCUCCUUUGCUAGUGUUGCCACUGCUGCUAAUGUGCUCGCCAUCACCCUCGAUCGCUAUGACAUCUCAGUGAAACCAGCCAACCGGGUUCUGACCAUGGGUCGUGCUCUUGCCCUGCUGGCUGCCAUUUGGGUGCUAUCCUUUGUUAGUUUUCUGGUUCCCUUUAUUGAGGUGGGCUUCUUUGCCCAGGGCCAUGCUGAGCUCAACCAGACAGUGGUGGAGAAUGUGGUCCACACUAACCAGUACUACACAGAACUUGGACUCUAUUACCACUUGCUGGCUCAGAUUCCCAUUUUCUUCUUCACUGCUGUUGUCAUGCUCAUUACCUACUCGAAGAUCCUGCAGGCACUCAAUAUUCGCAUUGGCACACGUUUCCAUGCUUCACAGAAGAAAAAGGCUCGGAGAAAAAAGCGUCCGUCCAUGACGGCCAUGACAACACAGCAAGAGGCCACAGAUGGAUCCCAGAGCAGCGGCAGCCGCAACCCCACACUGGGCAUGCGCACCUCUGUCUCUGUCAUCAUCGCCUUGCGCAGAGCAGUUAAGCGCCAUCGGGAGAGGCGAGAGCGCCAAAAGAGGGUUUUCAGGAUGUCCCUCCUGAUUGUGUCUACCUUCCUGUUGUGCUGGACACCCAUUACAAUACUCAACACAGUCAUCCUCAGUGUGGGCCCCAGUGACCUGAUGGUCAAGUUGAGACUAGGCUUCUUGGUCAUGGCAUAUGGGACCACUAUCUUUCACCCUCUACUCUAUGCCUUCACGAGGCAGAAGUUCCAGAAAGUCCUGAAAAGCAAGAUGAAGAAGAGGGUGGUGUCAAUCAUUGAGGCAGAUCCUACUCCUAAUAACGCCAUUAUCCACAACUCUUGGAUCGACCCAAAGAGGAACAAAAAGGUGACAUUUGAGGACAAAGAUGCCCGACAGAAAUGUCUGUCUUCUGAGGAUGUGGAGUGAAGGAACUCAUAUCUUUAGGAUAAGUCAAUAAAAGCAGCUAAAACUGACAUCAGGUCAUGAUGAAAAAAGGGAAAAUGUUAAUCCAAAGCAGUUAUGUAAAUACUAUGUGAAAUAGAAUGUACA